UCAACGCAGGAAAUUUUGAAAAAUCUUUACUUUAAAAACUCAGAAGUAGAAAAUAAUAUCAAAAUUUCAAAGAGAUGUGUUUAAAUGAAACCGGCGCACUGUCAAAAUCAAUUGACGUUUUUUCAUUAUCAACAGUACAUUUUAAUAUUUAUGGAGCAAUGCUCGCAACCCUUGCAGUAGCCAUAAUAUUUGCAAACAUAUUGCUAUUAUGUUCAUUGGCAAACCAAAAACGGAGCAGAACCAACAUCAUGUUCAUCAUUUUAGGUGUAUCAGAUCUACUGGUUGGUUUAGUGACACUUCCACUUAAGUCUUCAGAUUCUUUUAUGAAUCAGUUUCUUAUAAAGAAGGAAAUGAUAAGAACAAUGGCUUUCUUCGACAUAGGACCCCUUGCUUUUUCUUGGGGCAUGACAAUUAUUAUAUCAGCUGAAAGAUGUGUUGUUGUAACACACCAAAGGUUGCAUGAACGAUUUGGGAAGGUUUUCUUUAAUAAUCUUAUCGUACUGGCAUUUCUUACUGCACUUUCCCUUUCUCUUUACAAAAUGAGCUUGGGUUAUGGCCUACUAAACCGAGACAUCGACUGCGAUCGACUUAAAGAAAUUCCUAUUUGGUAUACUAUGCAAACUGUAAUAGAAUUUGUUUUGUCCUCGACUGCUGGAUCAUUGCAACUUUAUCUUUUGUAUCACAUCAAGAAGAAAUUUAGAGCUUUGGGAAAUCACAGACAUUCAGUUAGCGACCAUGGUGGCCGUGUAACUAAGAGCAUACGGUUGCUUUUUGUGUGUUUAGUUGGCUGUUAUGUUCCACAUACAGUCACAUACACCAUGAGGCAAUUCAAGCUCAUACACUUCACUUCUGGCGUUCACGAUUUUUAUUUUGAUCGAAUACCAAUUUAUUUUGUUUAUUUGAAUUCGCUUUUAAAUUCACUUAUUCUCUUAUCAAGAAGUACUAACAUAAAACGCCAACGAGAACAACUGGUAAAAACAAUUCGCUCUAUGAUCAGAUCAGUCACGUCAAAACUGUAAAUUGGCAACAACAUCAACUUUUUUAAACAUAUUGUAUAUGAUUUUUGAAAUCCUCACCUGAAAUUUGAUUAAAUGUUGAAUUUUGAGAUUCAUACAGCAAGCAAACAAACAACCUGUUACUACAGGUUUUUUAUUUUGUACUAAUUGAUCUGUGCUUGCAAAAGAAGCUUAUUAGUACAAGUCGAUAAUUAAGAAGACUUUAACCGUAAUAUUAAUACCACCAAAACAGAAUUUUUACAUGUUGGAUUCAGUUGAAAAUUUAUACACGCACCACUUCCAUGAUGCUGAAUAUCCUAAAGUCAAGAAAUCAAAAUUUUCAAACUUUAAAAAACAUGCAAUUGGGAAAGAUGCAUUGCACUUUUGCUUUACUAAUCUAAAUACGACUUUUCAUCUCUUCUCGGAAACGAAAGAGAAAAGAAAACCACAACAUAUACAGUCUAAACGUCAUCUAGAAAUGAAUUUCUGAAGUAUUAAAUCGUAUUCAAAAGAUCAGCUGAAGGUUGUGGUUACAUAAUGGUAAAAAAAAACAUUGGCGCGGCCCAGCUUUCUUUAUCAUUCCUAUUAUUAUUUUUUUCCAUGCAAAAAAUGGCCUAUAAAUACUCCAGUUCCAUGUGUAUCUAACCAAUCUAGGGUUAGGCAACCUAGGCAUUUGUCUAAGUCUAAUUUUGUAAACUAAAAAUUUCUAUAGAUAGAAUAAUCUAUAAAAAAAGUAAAUAACAUUUUUAUAAAUUAUUUUUGGCAUCCUCUGAUUUUGACGGCGUUUUAUCGAUUUUUGAUAUUUUACUCAAAUACGCAAACCUGGGGCGAUCUUAGGUAAAAUGUCGAUUUGCCUAAAACGACCGUGGGUUUUAAAGGUCCAAAUGAAUAAAAAUCACACAUGGAAAAAAAUGCGUAAAACGUCCGCGGGUUUUCAAGUUCCAAUGAAUGAAACUCUGGAAUGGGAAGAAAAAAUGGGUAAAGCGUCCGAGGGUUUUAACUUAAAACGCCUAAAACGACCACGGGUAUGGUUACAUCGACAAGGGGAUGUUUCUUUUUCAACAUGGUUUACCUGGUUCAGGUCCAAUUGCAGGGAACACUUCAAAUGGCUAGAACAUCAAAGCAAUUGUAUGCUACCUAGGUUUAAUAAAGAAGUUUUGAUUUGGAAACCCUUUCAGAUAUUGGAAGGAUUGGAAAUGCUGGAGAAAGGUAUUUUGGCUACGGGCGACAUGUUGUUGUGCUAAACCAAACCUUCAUCCUACCUCUGCAAGAGGCAAUACAUUUAAUGCUUAAAAGUAAGUAAUACUUGAAAUAUUUUAGUUUUUGCUGCUCAUGGAUUUUAGGCACUUUUGUGUCAAGAACUAUUCUGAAAAAUGGUAAACCACCAGAUGUUUUUACAAAUCGUGUGAUUUAAAUGUUCUUCUUAUCCAAACAAAAGGUUUUAACUUGACCUCGGUCAAAUGCAUUGUUUGUUUAUAAAAACCCAAUGCAAAACGAGAUAAAUGAGGCAAUUUAUGUAAACACUGUCUUGGCGGUCAAAAGAUGUUUUGAGGUGUAUGUCAAAUUUGGCCGAGAGUUUUUCUAGCUACCUGUAUAUGUAUUAGUUGGAAUUUUGUUAGUUUUUUUGUUUAACGUGUUAAGGUCACAGGCUUCGUGUAGCUGUUGAUUCAACUGUAUAUCUUUAUAUCUGCUUGAGAGAGGAAACAUUCUUGUAAGAUAGCUAAGGGACAGCUCUUUCAUAAAUGCAAAAGUCUAAGCUAAAUGUUAAUGGAUCUGUAGAUUCCCUUUACCUCCCCUAAACAUCAAAAUCAAAACAGGUAAUGUUUGAAUGUUGUCAGGCCUUAAAAUCAUAAGCACUCCGCCAUGUGUACCUGUUAAGCAGGUAGACACUACAAGUUCAAAAUACUUUCUGUUCUCUAAGAAAUCGAUAUUUACAGUAUAAGUUAUACUUGAACGUCAAAGGAUUCUACCUCGUCCUGACUGCCAAAUUUAUACGUUUAGCCUAUACUUUUUUAUUUAGAUUGUCCCUAAGAACUUUAGCUUUGGUGGAACUUUUAAACAAUGCAUUUUAUAUACAACUUUUAAGAACACGAGGAUAAGAUAUUUUGAUGUUACCCUGGUACCUAUGAUGAAUACUAUUCUAACAGUGAAAAUCACCAUCCAGCAAAUAACACAGAAGAUUCGUUGUGAAUCCUUAUAAUAUUGGAAACUGUUAACAAUGAUUUAUAUAUUCCACAAAGUUGUAUUGAUAAAAAUGAUUUUCACGUAAAACAAUACAGAUCGAAAAAAGAAUUGGAUGUUAAAGAACGCUCUGUUGCAGACUGUAAACUAAUGAAAAUGUCAUGAUUACUUAUUAUGAUUAGGAUUUGUAUAUUUUUUUGCUUUUUUUAUGAGAAUCUUCAGAAUUGCCAUAUAGUUACUAAAACUUUCUUAAAGAUUUUACAGUAUUAAAAUAUUUUUUAAACAUAGUUGACAGGGAAAUGUGAGUGUGAAUAUUAUACAGACUUGUUAAAAGUUGUGAUGUUAUUUUUCUGAUUUCUAACUCUUUUCUGGCUUAAUAAACUGCCUUACUCUUGUGGAGAUUUUAUAACAUUAAAAUUAAUGCUUAAUUGAAAUUGGUGCAAAACUACAGCAGUAACCCUAGUGCUAAAGUCUAUUAUCUUCAUAAAGAGGUGAUUACUAUAUGCUCUUUCUAGACGUUUAUUUUUUGUUGCUAUCUUACACUGUAAGUGUAACUGAAAAGCUUUCAUACUUUUAUAUGCUGCUUUCCACUACUGUUGAACUACCUAUUGUCGUAUUGUUAGUUAUUAGACUUAUUGUAUAUUUUGAAAUAAAGCAACUUCCCAAAUUAUUACUUGUACUCGUACUAUGUGCGUAAAGUAAAAAGAUGGUUAGAGGAUGAUACUUUAUACCAGUAUGUCAUUUAAAGAAACUAUGGAGACGCUAUCCCUGUUUCCAAUCUAACUUGCUAAGCGGACGCAUUUUCCAUCCGCAUGUUUUAACAAGGAUAAAGUGUUAAAAAUACAGGGACUGUUAUUUAUUUGGCUAUUAAAAAAACUUUCGUUUCUAAUCUAGGAAGGAUUUUUAGUAACUAAAAACCUCGCAUUUGGAAAAAAUUUUAGCUCCUUUUACAGCAAAAACACAAAACGCCCAAUUUACCUCGUAGAACACCACAACCCUUAACAUUACUUUGCCAAAAAAUCUAUCAAAUUAUGCCUAACUAGAAAAAAUUCCUAGAUCUGCCCCUGCUAACAGAAAAACAGACAUGUUCCUUUUCCUUUGAAAUUUCCGAAAUAUCAUAUCUUAUUUGUUAACUUUUUUUUUCUUAUGGCACCACGUCAGUGCAUGCCGACGUCAAUGCGG